GAAAAGGAGCAAGAUUGGGUGCGCGGAGACCCCAUUUUCAUCGAGGAAAGUGAGAGGUCAUCGAAGCGAGGACCAGGGGAAGGACGGUCCCUAGGGUUCGGCAUCCUUCCAUUCGUCCAUUCUUCGAUCGAUCGAGAGUGGAUGUAUGGCUACUGUGAAGGGAGUGCAGUAUUGCGGCUGGGUGAUCGCAGAUAAUGAGCCUCUGGAGGAUGUGGGUGCCGGGUUUGUGGGAUGGUUGGACAGUCCGGACCUGGUAAUCGCCAUGACGUGGUCCCAAAUGGCGAUCGCCAAAAAAUACACUCUGGUGAUGCAACUGAAAUGGAAACGUCACGGUGAUUUUACUCCUGUGACCAUCCGGGUCGGAAACCCUGAUGUGUUCGAAGAGAAUGUGACGAGUAUGGAGUGGCUGGUGUUCAGCGAUUUCACUGUCCUAGCAGUGGGGACGUCCGCUGGCGCUCUCAGAAUUUAUACGGAGCAGGGCACCCUCUUAUUUCAACAGCAAUUCAACUCUGGUCCACUGCUUCGACUACGAGCACGACAGGAUGGGAAUAUUGUUGUGGGUCUUACCGCUUCUGAGGAUGUCUGCCUCGUCUUUCCCAAGGCCAUAGCGAGAAUUGAUGUUGUGGAUCUUCACACUGUGCUACGGAAGUGCCAGGCGCGAUAUGAUAGAGUUAAUCGAAGGUCGGGAGAGCUGCAUCGAAGCGAAAGCUUUAGCCUGCGGUUGCCGUAUGAAAUGUGGAACGUGGGCAAGUCAACAGCAUCUAGUUACAUCGCUGAUGGGGCUCUUGCAUGCGUCAUGGCCCCUCCACUUUUGGAGCAUCAGCUGAAACGCCAUUAUUGUGCACUCACCGUUGGAGAGGAUUGUACCCUAGCUGCGUUCAGGGUGUCAGGGGAGAAGAGAGACUCCUUCGCAGGUAUCGUGUUCGACAAGGUAAUGCCUGCUGCCAUUUCGACAUUUUCUCAUCUAACCAAGAGAUUUUGGAAAACUGACCCAACGUCGGAAGCGAACAGACCUACAGAAGUUGCCUCCCAGGCUUUUGGACGAGCAACGUUGAUAACGACUCUACGUGACAAACAGAGGAAGGGAUUGAGUCUUGCACUGUCCUCGAGUGGUUCGUUGGCAGCCGUUACGGAUUCUCUUGGUCGCAUAUCAUUGAUCGAUGUCCAAGCUCUUGUCGUUGUGCGGCUGUGGAAGGGGUAUAGAGAAGCACACUGCGUGUUUCUGGAAGCACCUGUGGAUGGAAGAGCGGAAUACGAGAUUGUGCAGUCUAGGAGGAGGAGACGAUUCGUCAGAGAUGAGUUCAAACUCUGCCUGGCAAUACACGCUCCUCGAAGGGGUGUCGUUGAGGUAUGGCAGAUGCGAUACGGGGCUCGACUCAUGAUCGUAAAGUGCACUGAAGGAUGCAGGCUUUUGCAGCCCACCUGCAAGUUCAGCUUCUCUAAUGAGUUAACUCUGGAGUCGGUGGAUGAAGAUGAGUAUAUACCGGCUCAAGUGUAUAUGUUUCAAGGAAAUGCUGGAGUACUGCAGCUUCUGAACCCUUUUGCACGAUCCACAUGAUAAGGCAGAAGUCAGGCUUCAUCAUGCACGGAUCAGGUUCAAUGACGCAUUGAAAAUUCGAGUGCUUUAAACGGACAUAUUAUCCGACGGCUCUCCAUCAGAUACUUCUAGUGCCGAUCCUUUCCAGAUCACAGUUUCUUCAGCUUGUUCACGAGUGAAUUUGAUUUUGUCCCGGUGAACGACGAAGCGUUGGUAUUUGUCAUGCGUAUCAUCAACGAGAUGUCAAUAAUUCAAGAGUUCGCUUUUAUGCUGUCUGUAUAUAAUUACUGGUUGUGACUCUCUCUGGCUAAAUAGCCAAAUUAUAAGCAUGUGUAAGUUCACAUUAGGCUAGAUUAUGCACAAUGUACAGUAGAAGAAAAAUCAAGAAUGUCGUCAAGUGGUGCGGUUGGGACACACCUUUUGAAGCACUGAUCGGCACAGUAGAUAUAGUAAGACCUUUGUUUAGAAUCUUAGGCUAAGAACAUCAAGCAGACAGUCUGUGCCUAUGUGCAAGAUAAAAAAUUGCGUGUUUGACUUCACCUUGCGUGAUGCAUGGGCUUCAUUUCCGAACCUGAUUUCGCAGAGGUGCUUAUUCGAAUAUAGAUCUUAUAACCGAACACGACGUUAUAACAAAUGGUGGAAUUAUUUGGCGGUUUAAUAUGGUCCUGAAGAGCUGAACGUGGU